AUGCCGGAUCUCUUUGAUAACUUCUUUGCUAAGAUUGGAACCAAGUUGAAUGGGGGUCAUCUGCUGUCUCAUUACCAAAUGAGUAACCAGGUCAAUACUGGUAGUUACUACCAUUACCACAGUCUGGCUCUGAACAACCAUUAUUGGCUACCUCAGCAGAAAAAGGAGAUGAGUGAAGAGAUGAAGAAUAGAAUGCUCAAAGAUAUUACUGAGAAUAAGGAUAUGACAGAGAUGAGAAGAGGGUCUGUUAGCUCCGAAGAAGGUGACGGGUUAAUGGAUAGAAGAGGUUCAAUCACGACAUCUUUGAAUGAACGGAAAUCUAGUGUUAGUUCUAUGGGGUCAGAUGCCCCCUUAAAUCAAGCCAGUGAUCCAAUGAUUGUGUUUUACUCCACCCCACCAUGA